GCUGGGCGGUGUGUCCUCGUUUGGAGCACCCGUUUCCGCCAGAUUUCUCUCGCAUGGUUGUUCCCUGACUCCGACGGGUCCGGAGGUGUAGUCAUGGGGAGGGCCAAGGCGGCCCGGACGCGGAGGCAGACCCCCAGAACGCCGGCGGCGGCGGGCGGAGGCCCCGCGAAGACCAACUCGAACCCUUUCGAGGUGAAAGUCAACCGGCAGAAGUUCCAGGUCCUCGGGAAGAAGACGCGUCACGAUGUGGGGCUGCCUGGCGUGUCCCGCGCCCGGGCCAUCAGGAAGCGUACCCAGACUUUACUGAAGGAGUACAAAGAAAGGAAUAAGUCCAAUGUGUUUACAGAUAAGCGCUUUGGGGAAUACAAUAGCAACAUAAGUCCAGAGGAGAAGAUGAUGAAGAGGUUUGCUUUGGAGCAACAGCGACAUCAUGAGAAAAAGAACAUCUACAAUCUAAAUGAAGAUGAAGAAUUAACUCAUUAUGGCCAGUCUUUGGCCGACAUUGAAAAGCAUAAUGACAUUGUGGAAAGUGACAGUGAUACUGAAGAACGGGGAAUGCUGUCUGCUGAGCUGACUGCCGCUCACUUUGGAGGUGGGGUCCACAAGAGUGCCUCUCACCAGGAAGGCAUGGCUGCAGACAAGCCAAAGUCACGGAAAGAACUGAUUGACGAGCUCAUCGCAAAGUCAAAGCAAGAGAAGAGGGAGAGACAAGCUCAACGAGAAGAUGCCCUUGAGCUCACAGAGAAGCUGGACCAAGACUGGAAAGAAAUCCAGACCCUCCUGACUCACAAAACUCCCAAGUCAGAGAAAAAAGAGAAGAAGGAAAAAUUCAAGCCCGAUGCAUAUGACAUGAUGGUUCGUGAGCUUGGCUUUGAAAUGAAGGCACAGCCCUGCAACAGGAUGAAAACAGAAGAGGAGUUGGCAAAGGAAGAGCAAGAACGGCUCAGGAAACUGGAGGCUGAAAGACUUCGAAGAAUGCUUGGAAAAGAUAAAGAUGAAAAUGAGAAGAAACCAAAGCAUAUGUCGGCAGACGAUUUAAAUGAUGGCUUUGUUCUGGACAAAGAUGAUAGGCGUGUGCUUUCUUACAAAGAUGGGAAGAUGAACAUUGAUGAUAUCUCUGAGGCUCAAAGCAGGGAAGCCGGUGGCCCAGAGAGUGACCAGGAAGAAGACGAUGAGGGCAGUGAGGAAGAGGAUGAAGAUGAGGAAGAGGGUGACGACGGGAACAGGGAGGACCAGGAGGAGAGUGAUGACCCAGACAGCCACUCAGACCUGGAGUCUAACGUGGACAGUGAGGAGGAAAAUGAGACGCCAAAGAGCAAGGAACAGCACACUCCUGGGGAGAAGCUGCUGGGUUACCAUCAGGACUCUCCAAGCGCUGCCCGAGCCGAGCUGCCCUACGUCUUUGCAGCACCUGAGUCCUAUGAGGAGCUGAGCUCUUUGUUAUCAGGAAGAUCAAUGGAAGAACAGCUUUUGGUGGUCGAAAGAAUUCAGAAGUGCAAUCAUCCAAGUCUUGCAGUGGGAAAUAAAGCAAAAUUAGAAAAAUUGUUUGGCUUCCUUUUGGAAUAUGUAGGAAAUUUGGCUACGAAUGAUCCUCCAGACCUCAAGACAAUUGAUAAGUUGGUUGUGCAGUUAUAUAAUCUUUGCCAAAUGUUUCCUGAAUCUGCAAGUGACUCCGUCAGGUUUGUUCUCCGAGACGCCAUGCAUGAGAUGGAUGAGAUGAUGGAGACCAAAGGCCGGGCAGUGUUUCCAGGGUUGGAUGUGCUCUUCUAUUUGAAAAUUGCUGGGAUGUUGUUUCCAACCUCUGACUUCUGGCACCCAGUCGUGACGCCUGCCCUGCUGUGCAUGAGCCAGCUGCUUACUAAGUGUCCAGUGCUGUCCCUGCAAGAUGUGGUGAAAGGCCUGUUUGUGUGCUGCUUAUUCCUGGAGUAUGUGUCCUUGUCGCGGAGGUUCAUCCCCGAGCUUAUCAAUUUUCUUCUUGGGAUUCUCUACAUAGCAACUCCAAACAAGCAGAGCCAAGGUUCUGCUCUGGUGCACCCUUUCAGAGCACUUGGGAAGAACUCGGAAUUGCUCUUGGUCUCUGACAAAGCAGAUGUGGCCACGUGGCAGAGGGGAAGCCUCUCCCUGCACUGGGCAAGUAGGCUGAGCCCCAAGUCAGCAACAGAAACCAACCACAUCAGACUGUCCUGCCUGACCUUGUGUCUGGCCCUUUUGAAGCACUGUGUGCUCAUGUACAGUGUGCUGCCGUCCUUCCACCCCAUCAUUGGGCCCCUUCAAGCCCUCCUGACAGUGCAUCUGGUGGACUGCAGUCUCCCGAAAGAACUCCAGGAGCUGUCUCGAAGCAUACUGUCAGAGGUGGAAAACCAAAAACAGCUCUACCGGCCACUGGUCUUCGAGAAGAGCAAGCCAGUCCCGCUGAAGCUCUUCACACCCCGGCUGGUCAAAGUGCUGGAGUUCGGACGGAAGCAAGGCAGCAGUAAGGAGGAGCAGGAGAGGAGGCGACUCGUCCAUAAGCACAAGCGGGAGUUCAAAGGUGCUGUCCGUGAGAUCCGGAAGGACAGUCAGUUCCUGGCUAGGAUGCAGCUCUCAGAGAUCAUGGAGAGGGAUGCGGAAAGAAAGCGCAAAGUCAAGCAGCUUUUUAAUAGCCUGGCCACACAGGAAGGGGAAUGGAAGGCCCUGAAGAGGAAAAGGUUAAAAAAAUAAACCGUUGCAUCAAAGAAGCCAA